AUGGCUCCUACAGUGGGUGUUUCCCAAGAGAUCAUGGACAUCUCUGCGAGUGAGGCUGAGGAUGUGGCUGAGGACAACCCAACCUCAGCUCCUGCCGAGCUGCCGGCCGAAGCAGAUGAAGGUCAGGAGACUGCGGAGCCGGCUCAUGCGACUGAGGAGUCGGAUGAUGCGGCUGAGGAAGCGGAUGGUGGGGCUGAGGCGGCUGAGGAGCCGGAUGAAGCGGCUGAGGAGCCGGAUGAAGCGGCUGAGGAGCCGGAUGAAGCGGCUGAGGAGCCGGAUGAAGCGGCUGAGGAAGGCUUCUUGAGAAGAGAGGAUCAGGAUGAGCAGUUCCCGCAAGGCAAGAAGGGCAAUAAGGGGGGGCCAAGAAAACCCAAGGCCAAAGCCAAGGCUUCAGCCAAAGCGAAAGCGAAGGCAAAAGCCAAGGCCAAAGCCAAGGCAAAAGCCGCGGCAAAAGCCACGGCAAAAGCCACGGCUAAGGCGAAAGCAAAAGCUGGGGCCAAGCCCAGGGGUAGGCCGCCCAAGGUUGGUGCCACCAAGUCUGUUGCCGAGGCUGAGGAAGAGGAGAGGCUUGAAACCCCCCCUUCGAAGAAAUCGAAGAUCGACACUGCCAGUCCCGAGAAGGAGAAGCCUUCCCGGCCACGUGGCCCCAGGGCGGAGCGCCCUUGCAAGGUGCGCAAUGACUUCGAGUACACCACUGUCAUGCCGUACUGGUCGAACAAUCGCGUGGGACUGAAGCUCAAGUCCAGUGGCUCUCAGGUUUUCUCGCUGAACAUGGCACACAGCAGCAUCGAAGCGAAGCUCGAGGCCCUCUACAAGGCCGAGCAGAUCGAUAAGAACGAUGGCGAUGUCGAGUGCCGCCCCGUUCAGCGACUUUAUGCUCAGAUCAAAGAUCAAAUGAGCAAACGCUAG